UUCCAGCACAAGAACCACACGUGCCUUGUGUUUGAGAUGCUGGAGCAGAACCUUUACGACUUCCUGAAGCACAGCAAGUUCAGCCCCCUGCUGCUCAAGUGCAUACGGCCUAUUCUGCAGCAGGUCGCCACCGCACUGAUGAAGCUGAAGAGCCUGGGGCUGAUCCACGCCGACCUGAAGCCAGAAAACAUUAUGCUAGUGGACCCCUUGAGGCAGCCGUACAGAGUGAAGGUCAUUGAUUUCGGCUCUGCCAGCCACGUGUCCAAAGCGGUUUGCUCCACCUACCUGCAGUCACGAUACUACAGAGCUCCAGAGAUCAUUCUGGGCCUUCCUUUCUGCGAAGCAAUCGACAUGUGGUCUUUGGGCUGUGUCAUUGCUGAGCUGUUCUUGGGAUGGCCCCUUUAUCCCGGUGCCUCAGAGUAUGAUCAGAUUCGUUACAUUUCCCAGACCCAGGGCCUUCCAGCAGAGUACCUGCUGAGUGCGGGAACCAAGACCAGCCGCUUCUUCAACAGAGGUCCUGACUCGAGCUACCCCCUCUGGAGACUCAAAACACCUGCAGAGCACGAGGCAGAGAUGGGCAUCAAGUCCAAGGAGGCGAGGAAAUACAUCUUCAACUGUCUAGACGAUAUGAUGCAGGUUGACAAACACCGACCUCCUGUCCCUCUGCAGGUGAACAUGACAAACCUGGAGGGGACCGACAUCCUGGCAGAGAAGGCCGACAGGCGGGAGUUCAUAGACCUGCUGAAGAAGAUGCUGACGCUAGACGCAGACAAACGGAUCACGCCCAUGAAGACACUGAACCACCCCUUUGUUACCAUGACACACCUGCUGCACUUCCCUCACAGCUCACAUGUGAAGUCCUGCUUCCAAAAUAUGGAUAUAUGUAAACGCAGAUGCAGCGCCUUUGAGAACGGAAAAAACAUGUUUGCUAGCAACAAUACCCCAAGUGCAGCCACCAACCUCACUGUCACCUUCAGUAGCCAACUAAACCAGCACAAUCAGAUGGCCUCUACAGGAGGCCAGUCCCUGUCCCUCAGCAGUAACGUCCCGCUGCUGAACUAUCAGCCUGGCCUCUACCAGCAGGCCACCAUAAACAUCCCUGGUCUAACCCAGCAGGGCGUGCCUCUGCAGACCAGACCCACCCAGCUCUGCACCCAGACUGAACCCUUCCAACAAACACUCAUUGUUUGCCCGCCCACCAUCCAGGGUCUUCAAACAUCCAAUAAGCCCUCUGGUUAUCCAGUGAGGAUGGACAACUCAGUACCCUUAGUUCCUCAGAACCAGUCAUCCCAGUCUCUCCACAUCCAGCCCGGCAUGCUGGCACAGGCCUCCCUCGACCCCCUGCUGGUCAGCAGCCUGUACGCCUCAGUGGCGGGAAUGCCACGUUUAGACUCGGUCCGGCUGCCAGUUGGCUGCGGGGGUGAAAGCCUCAGCGGCUUACUGGAUCAGAACGCUUCCAUGCUGCAGGGCUGGCCAGCAGGCACACAGCAGAUCCUCAUCCCUUCCACCUGGCAGCAGAUGCCAGGCAUGGCCAUCCAUAACCCUGGGCAGGCUGUAGUGCCCGACUCACCCAUGGGAGCCUCUAUCUCCGACAGUCAACAGGCUUCUGGCUGGAGGGGUCGUCAUGGAAGCCAGUACGAUGGCGUCAGCCAGCAGGACUCUGGUGUUGGCCGUCAUGCUGCCUCCCAAAGCCACAACUCAGGGGCCCCUCACUCAAGAUCCCAACAGGGCAAGAGGUCAAAGGCUCGACACGCAGAGAGCAGAGCCAGGCCUGUGUCGUCAGUGCAUUCGGCCACCACUGUGGUACACAACACCUCUGCUUUUGCUGGCGAUCAGUCUCAGCCCAUCAUCAUCUCUGACACACCCAGUCCUGCUGUCAGCAUCAUCACCAUCCACAGCGACUCAGAAGACGAGGAUGACAGGAAGUUCCCCGCCGCCUGUUCUGGAACAAGCCAGAGGACCAACGUGAUCAGCUGUGUGACAGUACACGACUCCCAUGACUCCGACUCCUCCACCAGCAGCCCCCUGAGCCCCAAGACCACCUCCCAGCCCACCAAGUCUCUGGCCAUCAUCAUGCCAUCUGUGAAGAGCCAGCCAGGAGAGAGCACAACCCACAAAGCUCCGGCAGCUCCAGAUCAAGCUACAAGUGGCUCUGGAAAGUCCAAGAAGGGGUCAACUCAACAAUCCAGUCGGCCAGGAGAUUCCAACACCGAUCGCCAUCAACGGGCUGCAUCCAGCAGAUCUCAGCCUCUUAACCUGAGUCAGGUACAGCAGUCUGUGAUGUCAUCAUCCCUCGACCAAACAGGAAGCAGCGGUUCCCUGAGGCGGCAGCCGACGUACCCCCCUCCCGUCUCCUCCCACUCAUCCUACAACACCCUCUUCAGCUCGACCCCAAACCUGUACGCCUACCCCGCGUCCGCCGCCCUGGCCUCCGUGUCACAAGCCGUGGACCAGAUGCAAGGCGGCUCGUCCCGUAGCAGCAGGGCGAGCGGAGCGUACUCCUCCCUGGCGCUGCUCCAGAAGAACGGCAGCCUGGCCCUGGGAGGAUCUGCUGCGGGACAGUACGGCGGCAACAACAACAACAACAACAACAACAACAACCAACCGCAGCAGCAGCAGCAGCAGCAGCAGCAGCAGCUGGGAGGGCAGCCUUUCCACCACGCCAGUGCUACUUACCAGCGAAAACUCAACCAGUAUCCCUACCUGUAAAGACUGACGGCUGAUUGAGACAGAAGCAUGAAGACCAAAUGUUGACCGAGACUAGAGCGGAGCACAAGCUCAUUACGGGCGACUGUGACUUGUUUUCAACUCGACUUUUAAACUUUCUGUUACUGUCCAGUCCUUUUAUUCGCUGAUUGUUUUUGGAUGAAAUAAUCGCAGAAUGUAUUUAUAUUUUAAUCAUGGUCAGU